AAGAAUGUGAAGCUCAGAAACUGGGUGAACAACCACUAUGCUCUCUGUACCCUCAUCCUGGUCAUUGCUGCUGCUAUAACAGCCCCAGGCCAAGAACAUGAACAAGCUGAUGCCUUGGGUCUCUGUCCUCGUCAUCCUCCCAGAAGCCUUUGCUCAGACAGACCUCAGAGGGAAGGUAUUUGUAUUCCCUAGAGAAUCUUCCAUUGACCAUGUGACCCUGAUCACAAAGCUGGAGAAACCUCUGAAGAACUUGACCUUGUGUCUCCGAGCCUAUAGUGACCUCUCCCGGGCCUACAGCCUCUUCUCCUACAACAUCUACAGCAAGGAUAAUGAGCUACUCGUUUUUAAAAACAGAAUUGGAGAGUACAGUCUAUACAUUGGAAAAGCCAAAGUUACUGUUAGAGCUACGGAGGAGUUCCCCAGCCCAGUGCACAUCUGUACCAGCUGGGAGUCUUCCACAGGCAUCGUUGAAUUCUGGGUCAACGGGAAGCCACUGGAGAAAAGGGGCCUGAAACAAGGUUAUUCUGUGGGAGUUUACCCCAAGAUUGUCCUGGGGCAAGAGCAGGAUUCCUAUGGAGGAGGGUUUGAUAAGAGCCAGUCCUUUAUGGGAGAGAUUGGGGAUUUAUACAUGUGGGACUCUGUCCUGUCGCCGGAAGAAAUCCUACUUGUGUACCAGGGUUCCUCACUCAUCAAUCCCACCAUCCUGGACUGGCAGGCUUUGAAAUAUGAAACCAAAGGCUAUGUUAUUGUCAAGCCUAUGGUGUGGGGCUGAGGUCUGGAAUCAACAAAAGCACUUGAAAAUGCAACAACCAAUACCCAAGAGUUCUGCUUAAAGCAACUGGACACUAAAUUGUACAUCUGUAGCUCUUUCUUCUUUGAAUUUCCCAUCUACAAGUAUGCCUAAUUAAAAAAAAUGUACUAUGCCA